CACCGGAUGAGCUCAUCGCUCAUCCUGUCCUUGUCUACUCUUUGUCCCCUCCCCCAUCACUCCAGCUUCUACAACUCACAGCUCAAUCCACGCAGAGUUCAUCAUGUCUGCCUUGCAGAGUCUCCGUUCUACUUAUCGCCUCAACUCCGGCCACGAGAUCCCCAUCCUAGGAUUCGGGGUCUAUCUCGUUCCAUCCUCCCAAACUGAGAAACCCGUCCUCGAGGCAUUCAAGGCCGGCUACCGUCAUGUCGACUCGGCGAUCAUGUAUCGCAACGAAAAGGCGUGCGGGCGCGCCAUCGCCAACUCGGGCCUCGACCGAUCGGAGAUCUUCUUUACAACCAAGAUUCCUCCGGAAUCGAUGGGCUAUGAUCGUACCAAGCGGGCCAUUGACUCGAGCUUGCGGGAAGCCCAGCAGGAGUAUUUCGAUCUGAUCUUGUUGCAUGCUCCGUAUGGUGGAAAGGAUGCUCGUCUCGGGUCGUGGAAGGCCCUGGUGGAGGCCCAAAAGGCCGGCAAGACCCGAUCCAUCGGGGUCUCGAACUACGGGGUGCACCACCUCGAGGAGCUGGAGGAGUAUAUCCGGACGGGCGGCGGCGGGCAAAUCGACGUCGGACAGUAUGAGCUGCAUCCGUGGCUGGACCGAUCGGAGAUUGUGCAGUGGUUGCAGAGCCGGAACAUCGUGGUGCAGGCGUAUUCGCCGUUGGCGCAUGGGACGCGCCUGGGCGAGCGGGUGCUGCAGGAGUUGGGGAAGAAGUAUGGCAAAUCGCCGGCGCAGAUUAUGAUCCGGUGGGGAUUGCAGAAGGGGUUUGUGCCUCUUCCUAAAUCGGUGACUCCGAGUCGCAUCCAGGAAAACGCCGAUGUGUUUGAUUUUGCGCUGUCGGAUGAGGAGAUGAAAUCGCUGCAUACGGGCGAAUAUUCGCCUACGGACUGGGAUCCGACGGUGGACUACGAUUAGCAGACUAUGUAGUGUUGUACUGCUCCAUUGUAGUGGAAUGAUAGAUGGUUCUAUACUUGA